CCUGGUCUACCCGGCAAAACCAAUUCCUACUGAAAGUCUGCCCUAAAUUGGCCUUGGGCCUGCUAAUUCUGGUUCCUCAAACGUAAAAAAAAAAAAGGUCAACAUCACGGUGUAAAUCUUCAACGAAUACUUGGUCGUUGCAAUCACAAGGACAGCAAGUCGAGCAUCUUCCCAACAAUUGUCACGUUGUGGAGCAUGGAAAACUGAGGUUACUAGCGGCGGAUUUUACCAUCGGUUCUUUCAGAAAAGGUGAACUACGCCGUCCGAAGAACAAAAAAAUAAAAAAAUAAAGGGAGAAGCGCAGACAUCUACUGUGACCUGUGGGACAUAGCUCUGACCUGAGUACCAGUACUCCUAUAUAUAUCUCUGGCUCCGCGCCCUCGCUACCACUGGGCACCCUUGACCCUUCGACCUCUCCAACUAGACAGCAACAACUCUUCGGCAUCGCCGUCGUUCGUCCAUGGAGAACCACAGCCCCAAACCCAUCCGAUGCAAAGCGGCCGUGUGCAGGGCCGCCGGCGAGCCGCUCGUCAUCGAGGAGGUCGUCGUGGAGCCGCCGAAGGCGCACGAGGUCCGGAUCAAGAUCAUCUGCACGUCGAUCUGCCACAGCGACGUCACCUUCUGGCGCAUGAAGGAUUUCCCCGGCGUUUUCCCGAGAAUAUUUGGCCAUGAGGCUUUCGGGGUGGUGGAGAGCGUCGGCGAGCACGUGGAGGAGUUCGCCGCGGGCGACGCGGUGGUGCCGACGUUCCUGGGGCAGUGCAGCGAGUGCGUGGACUGCAGGUCGGAGCGGAGCAACAUGUGCUCCAAGUACCGGUUCGCGGUGCGCCCGGGGAUGCCGCGCGACGACACCACCCGGUUCAGCGACGCCCAGGGGAACCCGCUCCACCACUUCCUGGGCGUGUCCAGCUUCAGCGAGUACACGGUGGUGGACGUGACCCAGGUCGUCAAGGUCGACCCCGCCAUGCCGCCGCCCCUGGCCUGCCUCCUUAGCUGCGGCGCCUCCACUGGGGUCGGAGCCGCAUGGAAGCUGGCGAAAGUCGAGCCUGGAUCUUCGGUCGCUAUCUUUGGCCUCGGCGCUGUAGGAUUGGCGGUGGCCGAAGGAGCCAGGAUUUGUGGGGCGUCAAAGAUCAUUGGCGUGGAUUUAAACCCCGAGAAACAUGAGCUAGGAAAGAAGUUCGGCGUGACUCAUUUCAUAAAUCCAAAAGAACUUGGUGAGAAACCUAUCAGCCAGGAGAUUAUCGAGAUGACUGACGGUGGUGCGGACUACUGCUUCGAGUGCAUUGGGCUGGCGGCGCUGAUGAGCGACGCAUUCAAGAGCUCCCGAGAAGGGUGGGGCAAGACGAUCAUUCUUGGAGUGGAAAUGCACGGUGCCCCUCUCUCCAUACCUUCACUGGAGAUCCUCCACGGGAAAUGUGUCAUGGGGUCGCUCUUCGGAGGGGUAAAACCUAAGCGGGACAUUCCGAUUCUCGCCGACAAGUACCUGAACAAGGAGCUGGAGCUGGACAAGUUCAUAACUCACGAAAUUGACCUGAAGGACAUCAACGAAGCUUUUGACCUGCUGCUGCAAGGGAAGAGUCUCAGAUGCACCGUAUGGAUGGACAAGUGAUGUAACAACUGGAGUUAGCAACCAAGCUUACCAUCUGCAUUGUGACGUUUACUGCUCAUUUCAGUGAUAAAUAAUUCUUUUGGAAGCUACCAAAAGAAAUCAUUUGUGCAAAGUAUAAGUUGAAUUCUAUUUGUCUCAUUGAUCUUCAGAAGUUUAAAUUCUUCAAGAAUAUAAGUUGAAACUCUGUAUGCAUUCUUCUGUACAACUUUCUACGGCAACAAAGAACUCUGGCAUCUUCUCGUGCCACAAUGCUGGCAGA